GAUAGUUGAAGCGCUAAUGAGGACAGACUGCAUUUAAAGGAGUUGAGCGAGCUGUGUGUUCAUUGGAAAUGCCACCAAGGGUCAGUCCCCUUAAGGAUGCCCAAAAGACUAUCCAAUCAAAGACUGAUAACACCAAUAAAUUAGAUGUGAAAUACAUCAAUGCAGUGAAAGGACGUGGUAUAAUUGCCCUUGGUCAGUUUUCCAAAGGAGAUUUUGUUUUGGAGUACAGAGGGGACCCAUGCUAAACUGCACUGAAUGUAUUGAUGCCUCAAGGGAAGAUGGGUCAUUUGGACGGCUCGUCAACAACGACCACCUUGGGCCCAACUGUAUGAAAAGAGUCGAUGUGGAUGGGAAGCCACAUUUAUGUUUGUUAGACGAAAUAAAAAAAGGAGAGGAAAUUACAUAUGACUACGGUGGUGAUGACUGCCCAUGGAGAGUGCAAGCGCCUGUGACAAGAGACUCCAACCCUGAUGGUCCCAUUGAGAGCGAGAGCGCUGACACCAGGAAUGCUGGGCCAUCAAACAAACCCGACAUCAACAGAGAGAUUGGAACAGUUUUCCAGAAGCACAAUUUGAAUACUGUACUCUCUCCUCGAUUGAGACGAACUAAAAGCCUUAUAAUAAAGGACACACAUCUAGAGGAACCCGAUGAACUGUACGAUUCCAGCAGUGAUAUCUCUGGGAGUGGGGAUGAGUUUGUCCCGGAUUCUACAUCAGUGAUUCCACCCUCACAAUGACAAAGAAAAGGCCAUCUCUGAUGGAUUUAUUUGAUGGUCUUUGUGAUACUACACUACCAGACUCGGGACCACCAGGAGCAGAAGAACCCUGCACAGAUGCCAUGACAGAAAGUGAUGGUGAUACUCGCUAUCAAACAGGAAGGAAACGGCAGUCUCCGGCUGAUUCAUUGAAUGUCCCAGUCUGCGAUUCCACAGUGCCUCACCAGAUAACAUUUGGAGACAGUGGAGAAAAAGAACAAUGUUCAAGUCAGGACACGCAUCAGAGCAUUGUUGUUGGUGCUUCCCAAAAACAAGACGGUAUUAGAGUCUACAACAAGAGACACUAUUGCCUUUAUUGUAGUAGGCCUUAUGCGAAAAUGGCAAGGCAUCUAGAAAAAGCCCAUGAAGACAAAGUAGAUGUAGCUAAAGCCCUUAGCUUUCCAAAGAGGUCAAAGGAGAGAAGACAUCAAUUGAAUUACAUCCGCAACAGAGGCAACUAUGCGCACAAUGCUGCUGUCAUGGAGUCUGGGAAUGGCGAACUAGUACCGUUUUUAAAAGACCUACUCAACAGGCAAAGGGGAAUGAGUUUAUGCAUUGCGCAUAUUGCCAAGGCCUUUUCACCAGAAAGGUCUUGUGGCGACAUACGCACAUGCAAACUCAAACCCAAAUCGGUUUCCCGGAAACCUGGAAAGAAUCGCGUCCAGUCAUUGUGCGCAUACACAGGGCCUGUGCCUGCACAGAUUUCAAAACAAUUGUGGGGAGUGAUUAGUUCUAUGAAUCCUGAUCCCAUCACAAAUAUCAUUAAAAGUGACCAUGUCAUCACUGAUCUUGGGCAGCACUUGUUGAACAAAGGUGUAAGGGAGAAGAUGAGAGAAUUGGGACGGUUAAUUCACAAUGGCAGAAGGGUCACCAGUCUAAAAAACCUGGAGGAUUUCAUUCAUCCUAAGAAGUACUUGGAGAUGGUCAGAGCUGUUCAGGUCACUUGUGGCUAUGAUAGUGGAACUGGAACAUUUCAGAUUCCAUCCCUUGCAAACAAACUUGGCAAUGCGAUGGUCAAGGUCAGCAAACUGUUGAAAGCUCAUGGGUUAAUAGCUAACGAUCAUGAACUUGUGAGAAAUGCCACAGAAUUUCAACAAGUUCACAGUGAGAAAUGGAACGAGAUGAUUUCUUCAACGGCUCUCAGAAACAUUGCUGAAUCAAAAUGGAACGUUCCCACUCUUAUGCCAUUCACUGAGGAUGUUCAAAAAUGGCAUCAGUUUCUCAGUGCGAUGCAAGAUGAGUGCAGCAGCGAACUAUCUGGAACACCUUCUACAAAGUCCUGGACGGAACUGGCAAAGGUGUGUUUAACACAGAUUAUCCUCUUCAAUCGACGCAGGGAAGGAGAAGUAGCAAGCAUGCCGCUGACUGCAUUUCUGUCAAGGGACACUUCUGAUCCCCACGAGGAUGUGGACUGGGCACUCUCUGAAGUGGAGAAAAAACUGUGCAGACAUUUCUCAAGGAUUGUCAUCAGGGGAAAGCGAGGCAGACCAGUUCCAAUUCUUCUGACUCCGAAAAUGCUGUGCGCAUUAGAACUCCUCGUGAAGUAUAGAGAGGAUUGUGGGGUUCUAAAAGACAAUGCAUAUAUGUUUGCAAGACCUACAGCUAUGACACAUUUCCGUGGUUCAGACUGCAUGCGUGGCUUUGCAAAAACAUGUGGUGCUAAGUGUCCAAAGUCACUGACAUCGACCAGACUCAGAAAGCAUGCGGCAACCCUCUCCACCGUGCUGAACAUGACAGACACAGAAAUGGACCAGCUGGCCAACGAUAUUAGAAUUCAUCGUGAAUUCUAUCGACUACCGGAGAAGACGCUUCAACUUGCCAAGAUCAGCAAAGUUCUAAUGGCACUUGAGCAAGGGAGAUUAGCAGAGCUUCAUGGAAAGAACUUGGGUGAAAUCACAAUAGGGCCAGAUGGUAUGUUAUUUGUUCAUUAUGUUUUUCUUCUCAAUUAUUCUAAUUGCUUCCCCAUGUUUAACCUGUACUCGGUAUAUCUCCAACAGAAAGAGUUAUUGGUAGUGAUGAAGAAGAAGGGAGCGGGAACAUAGAGGAAGGAAACUGCUUCUGCUGUUGAUGGUAUGUUGUUAGUAAUUUAAUGUAGAACAAAUAAGUACUUCAGUCUAUACAAAAUUCACAAAGAAAGUUUAGCAGUUGUUUUAUUUUGGAUUUGUUGUUCUGUCUUUUACUCUUGGUCUUGCACAAGCACUUUAGUUUGCUACAAUUGCAGUAUAUACACUAUGACAUACCUUUGGUCAGGGUCACAGCAAUAGGACCAGUCAUGGAAGUGGGGAAAAGUGUUCUUUCUUUUCCAAGUGUGAUCAAUUUCCUCUCCAAUAUUAUUGGUUAUGGUCAGCAUUUCUACAGUAAAGUUAAUGAAGUGCUCUAAACCCAGCAGAGGAGACUCUUACAUCUGUAAGGGAUGGAGGUUUUAAAAGAUGGGCCGGUAAAGGUCUUAUCACAAUGAACCAAAUGUUUGAUGUCCUUCUCCCAACUUCAAGUACAAUAUGGGCUCCCGUCAAAUGAUUGAUAUAGGUACUUCCAGAUAAGACACUAUAUUACGAGCCACAAGGAAAGAGAAGCAAUCCAAAAAAAUCCAAACAUUAUAGAAGAAUAUUUUAUUAGUAUUGCAGAAAAAUGCUUCUCAAAUAAGAAACGUGUCUCUCACUUAUAUCAGAGGCUUAUGGCAGACGACUCCCAAAACACCUGGAAUGUUAGAGAUCAAUGAGAAUUGGAACUAAACAUUAUAAUCGAAGAUGCAGUCUGGGAAAGCUUCUGUGUGGGCAGUCAGAAAGGAAUGAAUAGUCAGUUAUGGAAAGAGUUUGUUUGGAAGCUGAAAAUCAGAUUUUUUAACACUCCUUUUUUAAUUUCUAAAUAUGUACAAGGACCAUCAGUCGCAUUAUGUUGGAGGAAAUGUGGAAAAAUAGGGGAUCAUACACAUAUCUUUUGGGAUUGCCCAGUAAUUGAAGGAUUUUGGAAAUCUGUUAAAGAGGAGAUUAGAAACAUCCUGGAAAUGACUGUUCCUCUGGAGCCCAUGUUGGUCUUGCUCGGAGCUUUACCUACAGACACUCACGAUUCAGACCAGAGGUACAUAUUACGGAUACUGUUAUUAAUUGCCAAAAAGAUUAUAACUGAACUGGAAAAAUGCAAAAUCUCCGACAAUCAUUCAGUGGAAGCACAAACAAGUCUACACGAUGGAAAGAAUACGGCGAGCCUGCAGAUCAAAAUGGACUCUUUUACCCAAAGAUGGAACUGUGUUAAGAUAUCUGGAUGUAUCGCUGGUUGAAGAGGGUUGUUGAAACUGAACCGAACUUCAGAUGAAUACUAGGGAAAACAUCCCUGUGUAACUGAUCCUGCUGUGCCAAAGAUGUCAGUCCCUAUGUAAAAUACUUUCAUUAAUAUGUAUUUGAUUUUACUUUAUUUAUUUUUAUAUCCCAGUUUGUAUUUAUUUAUAUUAUUUACUUCAUUAUUUCAAUUUAUACUGGAUUUGCUUUAUUUCAAUAUUAACUAUACUUUGCUUUGUCAUGUAAUCAUCUGCCAUUUGAAUGAAAACGUCCUAUGUCAGGAUAUGUCUUGUCUUGUCUUGUUGUCACCCCGGGGAUUCCACGCUGCUGUUUUCGCCUGUCCUUUGCUGCUGUGCUGAUUUGCUCCAGGAACAUCGAGGAUACUGUGUGCUGGUCUGGGGAAAUGGCCCAUAUCGGGAUUCUGCUGUGCCUGUUCUCCCAUCUCCAGGUGACUGGGGGUGGGAGAGGAAGGCCACAGUUGGAUGGUAAGUUUACUGGACCACAUUACCAGAACUCCUCCGCUGUGAAUGCAAAAAGGGGUGCUGUGGACAGUGCAAAUGUUUCAAGGCAGCAAUUCAGUGCAGUGCCCUUUGACACUGUGGUGGACUGUUUUCAGAACUAACUCUGCAUUUAGUUGAACACCUGUAAUAUUACAUAUGUAUUAUGUAACAUGUAUUACUUCACCAAAAUAAAUAUGUUGAUGCUUUUA